AUGUCGUCCACGACUGUUCCCGAAGCUGGUGAAGCUGUUCAGGAGGAGAAUGAUAAUAAUGAUAUUGAAUAUGUUGAAGUUGAUGCAAGUACCAAAGAACUUGAUUUAACGCGGCAUCGAAUUAAAAAGAUUGAAGGAUUUGACUUUUUGCACAGCAUCGAACAUUUGUGUUUACGUUGGAAUUUAAUUAAAAAAAUUGAAAAUUUGCAUAUGCUUGUUACACUCACUGAACUUGACCUUUAUGAUAAUCAGAUUACUAAAAUUGAAAAUCUCGAUGAAUUGGUUAAUUUGGAAUCAUUGGAUUUAUCAUUUAAUCGUAUUACAGUGCUGGAAAAUUUGUCAGCAUUGAAAAAGCUUAAAAAUGCGUAUUUUGUUCAUAAUAAAAUUCGAAAAAUUGAAGGACUUGAUGAGCUCACUGAAUUGGAAUAUUUGGAACUUGGCGAUAAUCAAAUUAAAAAAAUUGAAAAUCUUUCAAAAAAUACCAAAAUUAAACGAUUAUUUCUGGGUGCUAAUCAAAUUGCUAAUAUUGAAAAUUUAGAUUUAUUAAAUGACAUUGAAGUGCUCAGUCUUCCAGCUAAUGCUAUUCAAGAAAUUAAGGGUUUAAAUAACCUAAAAGCACUUCGAGAGUUAUAUCUGUCACAAAAUGGCGUCAAAUGUAUCACUGGCCUAGAAAAUAAUACAAAUUUGGAAAUUCUUGAUUUAAAUUACAAUCGACUGAUUUCCAUUUCAAAUAUUGAUCAUCUUCAAAAACUUACCGAUUUUUGGGCUAAAAAAAACAAUCUCGCUAAAAUGUCUGAUGUACUUGAAUUGAUUAAAUUACCAAAUUUGAAAUUAAUUUAUUUGGAAAUGAAUCCACUCGCUGAAUGUGGCACAUAUCGAAGUAAAAUAAUUCAUAUGUUACCACAAAUAGAGAAACUUGAUGCAACUUAUUGUCGCAUUGGAAAGAGAAAUUGGUGA